AUGGAUGGUAUGGGAAAAAGAUUACAACAGCUAGAGGAAAGCCAGUCAAGUCAGCAGCAUGACUAUAAAAAUGCGGAGCUAAGUCGAUCGGAAGACUCAAAACUUCCAGAGUUAGAAGGAGACGUUGGGAAACUCCAAAAAACCCAUAACACGGUUGGUUUAUAUACAGCUGCAGGUACAAGUAAACAGCUUAACAAGAAGCCACAUACCAAUGUCAAUUUAAACAACAUAUUUGAUAAACCAAUUACUCCGAAAAGGCGAAAAGAAACAAUAGUUACGACACCACAAACCUCAACCUAUGCCAACAGCCUACACCCAAACAAAAAAAUAUACAACCAUAUUACUCAAACUUAUAUUGAGAAUAUAUACAAAAUUCAAACAUUUCUAAACUUGAACCCCAGAGCAACUACUACCACAGAUCCAACACAGGAUUACCAAAAACUCCAAGGAUAUAAUAGGCUUAUUGCACAGCCAAAAACUAGAGCCAAUUUAGUAAAAAUAUAUUACAAUUAUGGAUUACUUAGCACGGUAUAUACCUAUGAUGGGGAAGAGAUAAGUGGAAUACCAGAGCUAUACAAAGCAUUUAUUACAUUCAAAAGAAUUACAAAAGGAAACUUAUUUUUUAUAAAAUUCUAUACAGCACCAGCUGAGAUACUAUAUGAUGAAAUAAAACCUAUUAUACAAGUUGUAAAAAUAGGCUUGACACGAGAUAUGAUAAUACCAGAAGAAAUAGAACAACAACCAGAAAUACCGAAAAUUGAGAUACCAGGUUUUUAUGCCAAUAAAAGAAUAAUUGGCAUAGCAACUAUUAUCCAAGAGCUAGCCAACAAUUAUUUACAAGAAAAUGCUAUCUGGAGCUACUACUCAAGAGACCAGCUAAUGAUAUAUGCUAAUUCAAGAGAACUACGACAAGGAGAUAUGGAUAAAGUCCAAAAAUGA